AUGUCGCAGCACCCGCAGCCGCCCCUGCCGCCCGUGCCCGGCCAGGAGGAGCAGCGGCCCCUGCAGGCGCCGGGGACGUGCACGCUGCCCCGCCGAGGCUUCGCGAGAGAGGAGCCCGGAGCCCGCUUCCGCUCGCCCUCCAACCCUCCCCCCGCCUCCAGGCAGCCCUACCAGCCCCCGCCCCAGCACCAGCCCCCGCCCUACGCCCGCCACCAGCCCCCCGACCCCGCCACCAGCAGGAGGUCGAGCCGGGGCCCCUACCAGCCGCCGCCGCCGCCCAAGAUGGACGCGCGGGAGCCCCGGGAGGGGCGCGAGCGGGAGCCCCGGGACCCCAGGGACCAUAGGGACGCCAGGGACGCUGGCGAGCUGCAGUGGGACGCGAGGGACUUCCGCGGCCAGCAGGACGCCCGCGACCACUCGCAGGACGGACGCAACUUCCGAGACAUCCGCGAGUCGUGGGAGCGCAGGAACACGAAGGAAUUCCCCCGCGACGAGAGGGCCGAGGACGCCAAGACCGCGUCCCUCCCGCGGGGGGCCUACGAGGCGUGGCACUGGCCCUCCAGGGAGCUCGACUCGGGCUUCGACUCGCUCACACCCCCCGGCGCAGGCGACGGCGGGGGGCCGCGCUCGCUCGACUCCCUCGGGGGGCGCGGAGGCCGCGGGGCAUGCCCUCACCCCGGCGACGAGGCCACGUACUCUCAGUCCACCGAGGACCUCCUCAACGCCUCCAGGACGUCGCCGUAUCCGACGAUCCGGCCGGCGAAGCAGCCUUGCGCCGCCGGCGCCGCGCACCCCUCCGCCCAUGCCCCCGCGCGCGCCCACGGCUCGCCGCACGCCUCCCCCGGGGGAGCCUCGCCGCUCAGCCUCGGGGGGCCGCAGCACCACUCCACGCCCCUCGGACCCCCUCGGGCGCCGUCCCCCGAGGAAGCCCUCCUCUCCGACAGCGUGUACCCGGACGCGCAGCCGCGCUACGCCGAGAUCCCCGACGCGAGCGCUCGCGGCAAGGACGACCGCGGGGGCAGCAGGGUGUCACGUGACCUGAGGGAGCUCAGAGACCCGCGGGACGCCCGGGAGUCGCGGAAGGACCUGAGGGAGUCGCAAGAAGCGAGGGCCUCGAGAGAGAACCUGAGGCUGAGGGGCUUCCGAGAGACGAGCCUGCCCAGGGACUUCAGGGACUCCCGCGACCCAAGGGGGAGCUACCUGGAGGUGCGGGACGACAGGGGUUUCCGCGAGCUCUCCGUCGACGACACUGACGACCUCGAGGACGACCUGGACCCCCGUCUGCAGGAGAGGCUACGCGGCCGCAGGGACUCCCGCCAGUACGCGAGCGAGCGCGGCGUCGACCCGGCCAAGGAGGCGAGGGUCAGCCGCGGAGAGGCCCUGCGCGUGAGGGACAUGCCCGCCGCCGCCGUCUACGAGCGCAGGGACAGGAACGCUGACGGCGCCGACGGCCUCCAGGUGAUGGACGAGCACCGGGGGCAGAGGCCGCCCUCCGCCCGAGCGCAGCCGGAGAGGAGAGGGGACGGCUGCCCCUCCACCUCGUCCUCCGUGUCCUGGAUGGAGUGGACGCAGCAGCUGCAGGCUUACGUGGCGUGGGUGAACUCUCAGCUACGGAAGCGAGGUCGUCCGCUUAUAUCCGACCUGCGCCGUGACCUUCAGAGUGGAGUUGUAUUUGCGGACCUCAUCGAAAUCAUUUCCGGCGAGCACGUAGCAGGGGUGACAAGGGCCGUGGACUCUCCCCAGGUCAUGCGCGAGAACUUGGACCGUGUUCUGCAGUUCAUGGCCGCCAAGAGGAUUCGCAUGACGCACAUCACCAGUAAGGAGGUUGUGGAAGGCAAUCUGAAAAGCGUCAUGCGCAUCAUUCUCGCUCUGGCUGCGCACUACAAGCCCCAGAGCGUCAAGGGAAACGUGGGCGUGGGCCCGGACGCCCCUCCCUCCUCCACGGCGCCCGAGAAGACGCCCAACCUCAGUGCCAACCGGCGCAUGAUGGCUGCGGGCGCCUCGGCCGAGGACGCUGGCGGCGUUGUCGGGCUGCGCCGGCACCCGAGCAUGACGGGGACGCCCGCAGCCGCCCGUGACUCGUCGCCUGUGUACGAGAACCUCCCGCGGAGGGUUGCGUCGAACAGGUGGGCGUACGACUCGCUGCGCGCCUCGCACAAGUUCCAGUGGGGCGGCGGGUCGUCGUCGCACGCCCGCAGAGGCCCCGGCGGCGCUCCUGUCGUGCCGCCCAAGCCCAGCCCGAACCUGGACGAGUCGUCGGACGACCCGCUCAACUCGUCGUUCAACGCGUCGCUCAACACGUCGCUCAACACAUCGAUGGAGGGCGACGCGGAGGUCUCGUCCCCGCGCCGCGACUCCUCCGGCUCCCGCGGCGGCAGCACGCGGCCCGCGGCGCUCAACUUCUGGCAGGACCUCACCAGGAAGGACGCCAACUUCCAGCCGCCGCCCGAAGCCCUCGCCGCGCCCGGGGCCCCACAGAAGCAGGCUCCGGCCGCCGACGAUAGCGACAACCCCUUCAGGUACCACACCAUCCAUCGCAUGAGCGGCCGCAGGAAACUACCGCAGAUCCCCGGCGCCGCAGCGGGGCCCAGCAGCAACAGCAGCCGCGUCACCACCCCGCUGGAGAGCCAGGACAGCCCGCGAGACUAUCUGGGCGACGAGAGAGGCGGCGGGAUGGGCUCGCGAGAACCCGAAGGGCGAAGCCAGAACUCGUCGCCGGCCACGAGUCUCGUCCGGGAGGCCACGCUGGACCAGUGGCCGCGGGAGAAGGGCUCGCUCGACCCCUGGGAACAGGAGGACCUCAAGGGCGUCCUCAGGGACCUCAACACGACGCGCGACCAACUCCUGGCGCUGCAGAACUUGGUUGUAUUGCCCGUUGACUCAUCCCUGACUCAUCUGUGGCUGCUCUCCCUGGGUAUCGGUAUCACGGAGCAUACCAGCGGAGACCAAGAACCAUACCGCAUGCCCAUUCUCCCUCCCGAAGAUACCAUAACAAGGCCACCUCUCAACAUAUCAGUAGCGAAGACAUCACAGAAUUUAAAAAGAACACUUAAAAAUGGAGAGAAGGGCGAAACUGUAGCUAAAAAUGAGAGAAAAGAAGGAAGCCGAAGAGGGUCCCUUUCCCGGUCCGACGCGCGGGCAACUCGCGCGACGAAGAACCUGGGAGACUGGAAGGAGUUGUUUUGUCCGCCGGUACUCUCCGUCCAGCCAGGGCACGGUGGGCCAACAACGGUGUGGGUACUAGCAGUGAUAAUGGCUGUUCCGAUGUUUAGAAGGAGGAGCAGGAAAGGAAAGCUGCAGACCCCGGCCGAGGUCGAGAGCCGGGGUGUCAGCACCUCCAAGAGCAGCCCUAUCACCGUCAGCGCCGUCGUCAGCCCCGUCGUCAGUCCACAUCAGGACAAGGGUAGCAGCAAGGCGGACGGACCCUCGAAGGAAAACCCGAGCAAGGACAACAAAGACAAGAAAGACAGGCACAGAGACAGCUCAGCGGCAGGUCACAAGAGCAGGUCCCACCACGGCUCCACGAGAAGGCACUCUCGACAGGAGCUGGACCCUGCGUCGAGGAGCAGCCAUGCCCCAAGGAGUUCGGAAAAUAAGGACGGGGGGUCGGCGGCGGUCAAGCAGGAGCUCCUACACCUGUCGCUCGCUCGUCAGGCCCUCGAGGCGGAGAAGGGAGAAUUGUCGAGACUUCUGGAACAGCGAGAAGGAAUCAUAACCGAACUGAGGAAGCAGAUGCACCAAAGGGACAAGACGAUACAGGCGCAGCGAGUACAGUUCGAGGAAGCUUUGAGGAACAGCCAGCAGAAUGGAAAGCGCGACAGCUCCGCCGCUCGCAUGGCCAUGUCAGGCGGAGCGCGGGAGGAGCUGCAGCUGGUGAGGGACGCCAUUUCGUCUCUCAGGAGCAAUUUCAGAGAGACGGACCCAAACCAGCACACACUCGACACCCUGGAGCAGGCCAUAGCGGUGCUGAUAGAGCGAGCAGGAAGCGGCAUCAGCGGAGGCGUGAAUGGCGUCGCUGCUGACAAAUCUUCGCGGCCGUCAAGUCACGACAAACGGCCUGUCAAUGGCAUGAUCGACUCGUCCACCAAGGUUAUCUACUUCACCGAGCGGACUGUGACCCCUUUUAUGUCCACGAUAAACAGACGACUUGGAGACAUUAGACUGCGGGACUUCAAGAGCAUGUUUGACAGGCCGGGCUUAUUCCGGUUCCACUUCAAGAGCCAUGACCCCGAGUACGGGAUGGUGAAGGAGGAGAUAUUCAACGACGACGAUAUCCUGCCAGGAGUGGAUGGGAAGAUCAUAGCCUGGGUGGAGGAGGACACAGAGUGAGGGCGAGGUACACUUUCUUGUACGAAGAAGGACUCACGGAUUUGUAAAGUUUGUAAAAUCGUGGUACACUUUGCCCCCCCCCCGCUCGCUCGCUCGCUUUUUUGAAAAUGUGGUUUCGCGCCACGUACUCCUUUUGUAAAAUAAUGAAGGACUUUUUUUAUUAUUUAUUUGGAUGGUUGAGGAUUUGUCAUCCUUAAGUUGGUGUCCAUCCUUGACCGUGGCCACGACUCGAACCCUUGCGUUUCGAGAUGCGACGCAUGUGUUACCCCUGCGGCACCAUUUCCGCUGACUGAUUUAUUUAUUAUUUUUGUAUCGUCAUUCUUCCGCUCACUCAUCACCCUUUUAAUGCAGUUUUUGUUUGUGGUUGAAAGAUUUUAUGUUCAUUUUCAUUCAGUUCGGCUCAGAUUUACACGUUUUCCUUGAAUUCUCGCUGCAAAAGAAAGUCGAUAUUUUCUUGCAUGAAGAAAGCUCACUGAUUUUAAGAUAAUGUGUUUAUUUCAUUCAUCAGUGUAAGCUCUGGUUGACUGUUAAAAUACGUGAACUGUACGUAUUUGUAAAGGUACGUUUUUUAUGAAGAAAAUAUUGCCGAUAAAUAUUUUCUUCAUAUUUCAUAGAGGAAAUUGUAGUUGACUGUCGAGAUUUAGAAAUGGGUCGACUGACCUCUGGUCGACUGUCGAAUUCAUGUUCUCAAACGAAGGGAGUCUCAUUAAUGUGAAAAGUAAUUAAUGUUUCACUCUUGAGGAAAUUCUUAUACGAAGAACAUACUGACUUGUGAGUUCUAUAGUGCUGUUCAGCGUUGAAAGCUGUGAUUGAAUGUCCGGAUGCAAAAAGAUGCAAAAAGCGGACUUGCUGAUAUUUGCUUUUCGUCAAGAGCAAAACGCGAUAUGAUUACAAUUUCAAUUCUGUAAAACGAUUAAUUCAAAGAAACCAAGCUGUAAUAUAUUUACAUUUUGGAAGAGAAACAUUCAGUUUUUUUAAUAAGUAAAGAAUGGUAUCAAGACAAGUACCUGGAGUCUAAUAAAGAUAGAAGCGAAAACGAAAAACACAACUGAAAGUUCUGUUGCCUCAGCACAAAUCUGUUUCUGUGUUAACGAAGAGGUCGUGUGUAUGCAUUUUACUUGGUCGAUUUCACAGAUUUGUUAAUCAAUAUGUUUGUCGUUUAAAAAGACAUGUGCAUACACCUUAAGCCUUUAUUUAUUUAUUUUUAUUUUUCUUAAGGAUAUUCACUUUUAUCCUUUGUUAACUGCAUCUGAAUAUGCAAGGCAAUGUAUUACUUACAAAUAAGGGUAUGUUGUUAUGUGUUAAGUGCAAUAAAUUGUACAAGUUAUUAAUUUUAAAUAUAUUAAUGUUAGUUUGAUUAGGUUUUGUCAGCCACAUUUGAAUGAAUAAUUUAUAUUAAAAAGUUUAAGUUAGUAUGAGACUGAUGGUGAUGCAGUCACUGUACAUAUACAAGUAUUAUAAUAGGUGUAUGUGAAGAAAUUUAUGGAAAAAAGAGAGAGAAACAUGAUAGGCAUGAUAGAACUUCCAAAAAACCAAAGAUUAAUACACUAAUUAGUUUAAAGACAAUUCCUGUGUGUUGUUUUUACUACGGCUGACUGUCCCAAAGAUUGACAAAAAAGGAAAGCAUUUUGUUCUCGACAAAUAUGCACUAUUUGGGGAGACUCUCAACUAGCAUAUAAGGUUAUACUGAACUGUAAUUAGCUGUUGUUGUAAGCCUGAUUGUUAACUAGCCUCCGACGCUGUACAUAAUUCGUUCUGAGUUGGUUCUUUGAGGUUAUAGGAGGAGAAGCAACAUGAAAAUUGG